CAGCAGCAGCAGCAACAACAACAGCAGCAACCACAACAUACGCAAUCACAUCAGCAGUCCGCCCAGAUGCACCCACAGCAAUCCCCAUAUUCGCUCCGCUCGCAUCCGGACGCGAUGCCCCCGCCGCCCCCGCCCCAUCCCCACUCGCAGCAGCGCGCCAUGCACUCGCCCCCGGGCUACCCCCACAUGGCCAUGCACGACGCACCCCCGCCCCCAAACGAUCGUCGCGCGGACGAGGCGAUGGGCGAGCCCGACGAGGCGUGGCGCCGCCCGAUGCCGUACGCUGAGCGGCGGCGCGCGGGCAAACACACAAAGCGCGUCGUCGUCAAGGCGUGA